AUGCUACAGACCUCUAUAAUUCCAACUGUAGAAGAUUUGGAUCCAGAUGUCUUAUCUACAAUGAACUCAUUACAGUGUUUCAAAGACAAGGAAAAAUUAGUAUCAGAACUACUUAAUGCAAAGUGAGUCACAUAGUAGAUUAUAGUGGAAGGAAUUUCAGUUCAUUUGGGCACCAUCAUAUUACUAGAAAACUCUCCUAUUGUUUAUAUGUUCAUUUGCAAUAAAUUUCACAGAUAGCUAAUACAUCAGCAAUGUUCUCUCUAUAAGAAGUGUGUGUUUGUGUGUGCACACUUUUAUAAGUGUCAAUAUCUUUUAAAAUUGGAUGUGCUCAUAUUCUUCCAUCUUAAGGACUAUUUUGGAUUCAUAAAGUAAUAUUUUACCAAUGUCACUCUCAAUGCUCAGUCAGUAUGCAUUUAAAGUUAGUGGGAAUAUUACUUCUAUAUUUAUUAAAGGAAUGAAAUAUGUCAUUUAAUUUCCAAUUAAAAAUUUAAGACCUUAAAAGAUUUUUAGCUUGUGUUUCUCAUGUGUUAUUUUUUUUAUGCUUUGUACUGAAUUGACAAUGUAAACAAGUUUAGAAAAAUAACUUAAAAAUAAAAUUUUCCUCUGAUAACAUUUCCAGACACAAUACAGAGAAGGUUGUCUACUUUUUAUUGUUAGACCGAAAACUCAGGAACCCUAGUGUGGAAGAUGAACUGGAUGUGCGGCACCGCUCAGAAUCAGGUAAGAGCCACUCCACCAGUGAGUCAGCGGGACCUGGCGAGGAACAAGGUAGUGUACCAGUGGCCAUGCAGGGGGCGUUUGUGGUCCUAUCAUUAAACCAUUUGCCUCACUGGGGGUUCAAUCUGUAGUUUCAUAAAGUCACUUAAAUAACACUUUUACCAUCCAUCCCAGUUUUUUAUCUUUUUAAAUAUCUACCUGCUCUUCUUUGUUUUCAUGCUGGAUUUUUUUUACACAAUGUUUUUUAAAUGUAAUUUAAAGUGAUAUAUUAAAUUUAAAAUGGUAUUCAGUUUGAAUAAAUAGUUAAAAUUUCUUCAAUAGAAUUUUUUUUAAAUUCUGUAAAUAUACACAAGAUACUUUUUUUUUUUAACUAAUCACUGUUUAAAUCCAGACAGAAGUUGUUUUUAAUUUCAAAAGUGAAAAUGUAAUUUUUUUCUCCAGGUUUAGAUUUAGGUUUCCAUGUUUCUUAUAAGUAUUAAACAGUUCUUUCAUUCUUUCACCAAGCAGGCCUUCUAUAAGAUAAGGAAAAUGUUUGACUUUUAAUGUGUGCACUGUUAUGAACAUCCAGUAAGGCAAAGGGUUUGAAGGCUCAAAUGUCUCCCUCUUAAUUCAUAUUUAUGUAACUUAUAUAUUUUACUUUAAAAUGUUGAUCUAUUUUUUUUUAAACAAGUAAGCAUUAUUGUGAUGCUUUUGUGUUCAAUUCAUAUAUCUUUAAAUCAUUUCAAAGUUGUUCACUUAAUUUUGGUUUGGGUCUUGUUAGGGCUGCAGAGAUUGGAAAUUAAAAUGUACUUCUCCGACUCAAGCUUUAUGACUCAUCACUAUGGCAUCCAGUAGUAGCUUGAAGCUAUUAACAUCAAAAUGGGGUUGGGAAACAAAAAAAAAUAAUUUUAAAGUGGCUAUUUUUUUAUUUUCCAAAAAUGGUGCAGACUUUUGUCAACUCUUUCAAGGCAUCCAACUUGGCAUGUUUUUAUUGAGUGUAAAAUAAAACAUUAAUUCAAACAUCAUUAAUUUUUAAAAACCAGAUUCACUUUCAUUUUAAUGAAUCCAACUCUGCAGCAACUUUUAUGACUAGCAGAUUAUUUCUCCCUGUUUUUUAUGUUUUUGUUGUCUAUAUAAUAAAAGGAAAUAUUAAAUCUUUCUGUGCCAUUUAUUGCAGCUGAUCCUCCAAGAAAGCGUGUGGAUGCUGUACAAUUCGGUGGCCAAGCAAGGUACGAUGUUGGACUAAAAACAUUGUUUUUUAAGAAAAUGCAGUUCAAAUUAAAGAACACAACAGCUUUUAAAUAUUUCUUAAAAUGGGAUGUAUUAAGUAAAUAAUUUUGUUUCAUCUUAUCUGAAAAUUAUGCAAAGACUGCUUAGCUGUUUAAUCUCACCUCAGAAUUGAAAUGCUUGCCUCAUACAGAAAUUAACCCUUUCACAAUACUUCUUCUGUUUUUAACAAAUGUAACAAAGUUAUACAGAUUGAUUGACUGACUUUUUGUGAUUAACAUUUAGUGAGAAAAUACACAAGUAAUAGGUUUAAAAAACAUUUUUCAAAUUGAAAUUAAAAAAUGCUGUUCUUAAAUACCACACAUUUUAUUUAUGAUAUUAAAGUCAGUUAAAAAAUAUUUUAAUGAAUACAGGUCAAAGUUGUGUCAGGUCUAUGGUCUAUUCCUUCUAAAGAUCCCAAAACUCUUUUAUUUAAAUGGGGCACAUGGAGCAGCCUUUUUUGUAAAGAUUGCAUUAACUGCCUUCUUGUAAGAGCAUAGGCUAAAUGUGUCUCUUCCUGGCGGCUUUGUUCUACUACUUAAAAAAUGCUUGCAGGACACUGGGUGAUCUUUACUGACUGCACAAGUGUUGGGUUUUUAGUCCUUCACAUUGCAUGUAAUUUAAAUAAAACUGCCUUGUUUUUAUGUAACAUCCCAUGCUCAGAGACAGUGUUUUUCAACCUGACACUGCAUGUAUUUCAGUGGAAUUCUUAAAAAAUGGUGGAGGGUAAAUUAACAUUUUUAAUGCUUUUUAAAUAUGAAAAAAACAAAUUAUACUAGGUGUUUUUAGGCAUUACAAUCCUUUAGAAAACAUUGCCUCUAUCUAAGAUAUUUUCACUAACUACAGGUUACUCAGCCUCAAGUCCAUGAAAAUCAUUAUCAUGCAUAUGUGAGCUUUGGGUUUUACUAAAUAAGAACAAAUUGAUCUCCUGUAUCGAACCUCUGAAAUUUGAUUCCAGAAUAUUUUCCUAGUUUACAAACAAAAUGAUUAAAUGGUACAAGAGAUGUUAAAAGCCUGUUCCAGCUCAUCUAACCAAUUAACAUAUCUUAGUUUUAAUUAUAACACACUCCUCCCCAUUCCUUUUUCAUAAUUCAAUCUCCUCAUGCAUGCUAACUCCGGAAUGGACAAAUAUAGACUGUCACUAGGUAACAUUAGUGAGGGGUCACCAGUGGCAUCCAGGCGUGCACUCAAAGUUCAGCAAGUGUAA